AUGGUCCUGCCAACCAGCUCGUACUCCCUUGAAGAUGGCGGCCGACCGUCCAACUCGUUUCGCGUUCCUCUAAUCUUCAAGCGGUUACAUAGAUUCCAGCAAAUGGAUUUUGAACUGGCCGCAUGGCAGUUGACAUACCUUUGCUUGGCCCCCAAAAGAGUGUAUCGGAACGUAUACUUUCACAAACAGACGAAAAAUCAAUGGGCACGGGAUGACCCAGCUAUACUGGUGCUCGUAGCAGCAUGCCUGUGUGUUUCAGCUGUUAUAUGGGGUCUGGUGUACUCGUACAAUCCCUUGCAAAUGCUGGGGUUGGCAGCGGUCAUGAUCCUCCGCGAUUUCCUUCUCUCGGGUAUCCUGAUGGCGACCAUCCUGUGGUUCACUGCAAACCGACUUCUUUUGUCUCCGCCGUCUCACUCGACGCCAGCGGAUUCGUUUGUCGAAUGGGCAUAUGCUUUCGACGUUCACACCAACGCAUUUUUCCCUCUUUACCUUACCCUAUACCUUGCUCAGCUAUUCCUGCUCCCUAUCGUCCUCAGAGACAACUGGGUAUGUCUCUGGGUCGGUAAUACCCUGUACCUCGUUGCCUUCUGCCAAUACACCUAUGGUGUGUACCUAGGUCUGAAUGCGCUUCCGUUCCUAGUACGGACAGAAUUGCUGUUAUCGCCCCUGCUGCCCUUAUUCACAGCCUAUGUGGUAUCAUUAUUGGGCUUUAACGUUGCGAAACAUGUGCUUGCGAUCUACUUUCCAUAG